AUGGUUGUUCAAGCCUACUACCCAAGCUGGUCGAACCUCGCCUCUCCAGAAUUCUCGCCAUUUCCUGGAAUGAGCUGUCUCACAUUUUACUGGCACUCCAGUACUCGUGAUCGCACGCAUAUCCUACUGGUCCACGCCAGGUUCAACGGCCGCAGCAGACCUGUAGUUCAACUUCAUCCAGCUGACUACAUGUAUAUCAACGCAACGGCCUCAUUGAAGAACGUUACCCACUUCUCCCCCGUAUUUGUCACCAUACCAGCCGGCACAGACCGUGUGUACUUACAGAUGAAGGUUGCAACAGUUGAUUUAUCCACAGUGGAGAUGUUUGAAGAAACCCUGGUGUUUGCCAUCGACGACAUUUUCUUAACUCCGGGCAUCUGCCGUCAAGCAUCAGUUAACUGCACGUUCAGUGAACCUGGAAUGUGUGGAUACACGGACCCUUAUAUGGAAUCAAAUUGGAAACCUCGCCACCUGAACGAAACUAAUGAAGGUCGUCAUCUGACGUUCUCCGACGUCACACUUGGCCAUGGUUACAUUACAAGUCCUUUCAUCCCACAAACUCCAACGUCAAGCUGUCUCAGUUUUGACUACGAAUUUGACGGAGUCCAUGGAAGGAGAUUGGCUGUGUACAAGGUCAUGGGAGAGAUGGCAGAGAAGAAGUCAGACUUUCAGGGAGAACUGUUGUGGAGUCUAACGUCGUCUGCUCACCAGAGCUGGAGAUCGGUCCGUGUUCCGGUAAACCAUAACGGAACGUCCGGAUACGCGAUUGUCUUUGAAGGAUUAGCUGGCGAUGAGGAAUCCGACAUUAUCAGAGUUGACAAUAUCAUUCUUGAUCCUCAAGCUUGCGACGAAAUAGAGUGCGGUCUGGGCGAAUUUAAAUGCGCGUCCACGCUGACCUGCAUCCCAAAAGAAGAAACAUGUAACUCUAUCAACGAUUGCUCAGACACCGAUCUGUCAGACGAAGCCAACUCUAACUGUGCAAGAACAACGAAAUGUGCUUUUUCUGAUUGGUUCGCCUGUGGAUACAGAAACUCUACCGGAAGUGAAGGCUUCUGGGUACGAUGGAAAGCCAAAGAACCCACACUUAUGCGUCUGGUGGGGUCUCGGUUGUCAGAAGAAUCAGCGUCUGGGCGGGUAGAAGUGUACCACAACGGCAGAUGGGGAAACAUCUGUGAUACGGGGAUGACAGCUACAACUGCAACGGUUAUCUGCCGAAACUUGGGUUACCAGAGUUUCGUACAGUUUCACUGUUGUCUCCUAUAUGGGCGUGGCACAGGCAGAUUCUUGAUCUACAAGCUUCAGUGCUCUGGGUCAGAAUCCGACGUCUCUGACUGUUCGGACAACCUGUGGGAUGUCGGGAACUGUGGUGAAUUUAGCGUUCUGGGACUCACUUGUGAAGGGAAAAGAGAAGAACCUGACGCAGAAUCUUUCGAGGGUAUUGCCAGCGUUUUCAGCUUGCAGAGUGACUUCACUGACAUAGCUCACAUGGUCUCCCCUCCAUUAGACUGUCUGCAGACUUCGGGUGGCUGUUCGCAAACAUGCUUGAAGGUUGAUAUGGACGGAUUGUCUCCCUUGCACACACCACUGGCCAUAUUUGGGGAAGACACCUCUGGCAUAAGGCGACGACUGUGGACUUCAUUGUCAGCCUAUUCUGCAAAUUCCGAAGCCAUAUCUGUAAUAUUACCUUCCAAAGGCUUGCAGAGGGUGCAUUUUUUGUCAUAUUUCAAUUUGAGAGCCAAGGCUUCCAUCAGAAUAAAGCGGAUUGAAGAACAAACAGAUUGUGUGUCAAACCCUGGCUGCACUGACCUUGACCCUUUUUUGAUGUGCGACGGUGUAGCCGAUUGUCCUGAUGGCAGUGACGAGUGGAGCGCCCUCUGUUCAGGCAACGUUAGCAUCUCGUGCACCUUUGACGACCAUCAUUCAUGUGGGUACGCGGGCGUUAGCAGGCUCUCCCCAUGGAAGCGAGGUAACGCCUCACAGAUACAGACAGACUUUACGUGGGAGGAGAGUUUCCGGCUCAAUGUGCCGCGAAGUGACCACAAGUACAAUACGAGCGGUGUCAUGCUAUACUUCGUUCCACAAAGCUGCAGAACGAACCUGGCCAUCAACGAGUUGCUGUUCCCCUACACUCCGGAACUGGUCAAGGGUGGGUGUCUCAGAAUCGUUCACUCGUCCUCGGGAAACUUCACCCUGACGUCACCGGAGGGGCACUUGUACCACGUGAAGGGGCGGGGUCCGUCCACAAUCUCCUGGGUAACUACACGGGUCAAGAUACCCACGGGCACCGGGCCGUUGUCCCUUAUUGUCGACUGUCUGGCGGGUCACAUGAUUGUUGACGAGAUUCUUUUUAACCCCGGAGAAUGUCCUGCUGCUUCGACCACAACACAAUAUUGUAUGCCUGGUGACACGUUCCUGUGUCAGAAUGGUAGGGAGAUCCCGUGCCAUUUGACGUGCUCUGGCAGGAACUAUUGCGGGGACUACUCAGACGAGAAAGAUUGUCGGUGUCGCUCGAAUCAGGUGGCGUGUGGAGGGUUUUGUCGUCAUGCAGAACUCUUCUGCGAUGGUAAAGAGGACUGCCCAGAUGGAUCGGAUGAACAACUGGACUGUGGCUGCCCUGAGAACAUUUCGUACACGUGCACAAAAGAUGGCCAUUUGUCCUGUAAGUCCGCUUCGCAAUAUUGCCACAUUAAUAAGGCCUUAAGGUGUGAUGAGGAGAAAGACUGCUGUGCAGGUAUAUCAGAGGGAGAGUGCUGUGACCAUAUGAGUACUUUCAUAUGCGGUAGCGGGGACUGCAUUAGUAUCCUCUAUAGGUGUGAUUACGCUAUUCAUUGUAAAGAUUCCUCAGACGAAGUCAACUGCACCUGCCGAGCUCAUGAUUUCGUGUGCCCAAAUUCUGGAGUGUGCGUCAAACCUGCGCAUGUCUGCGAUGGGAUACAAAACUGCCCGGAUGGAGAAGAUGAAGGUCUUCAUUGCUUUAAUUGUGACGAGAACACGGAGUUCAAGUGUAAAGUGACCGGUCUGUGCGUGAAGAAGUCACAGGUGUGUAAUGGGAUGAGGGACUGUGGUGACAAUAGUGACGAAGACAACUGCUCAGAUUGCUCCAAAAUUGGUUUCCGGUGUGAGACCAGCCGGGUUUGUAUCAACAAAUAUCGACAAUGUAAUGGUCAGUUUGACUGCUUGACCAGUACGGUGGAUGACGUAUCCGAUGAGGCCAAUUGUGUCUGUGCCAUUGGUCAGACUCGCUGUAACAAUGGCGCCUGUGUCUAUCAGGAGGAGUGGUGUGACGGAGUCAACAACUGUCACGAUAACAGUGACGAAACCUACUGUGACGUGUGUCCUCCCUACUACUGGAAAUGUAGAAGCGGCCAUUGCGUACAUCUGGAAUUUAGAUGUGACGGUUACCGGGAUUGCGACGACGGGUCGGACGAAACCAAUUGCUUACAAUGCCGACUUGGCCAGGUGGCGUCCUGUAACAACCAUAGAUGUCUGAAUGAAAGGGAUAUCUGCGAUGGUCGACUUCACUGUAAAGACGAGACGGAUGAAAUGCACUGUGGUGCAUUACUGUCAGGAAGUGAAACCCGGGGGUUGGUGUAUUUCAACAAGAGUGGAACCCGUUACCCGCUGUGCGCAGACAAUGUCGUCUCUAAUAUACAUGUCAUGGAGAGCCUCUGUCAUUAUCUCCUAAGUGGGAGUUAUGUUCGUGCGGAGUCUGUUUUUGUGACGUCUCUUACCCAGGACUUUCUCGUGUAUACCAGUAACCUCGCUAAGAGCGGCCCACUGACGUCAUUCCUCGAUGUAGUCAAAAACGCAUGUUCCGGACAUUUCAAAAUGAUGCUCUACCUUGUUUUACUUGAAAAGGUGAUCACUUGGCCCUCCAUCUUCUCGGUAGACGGCGCGAAAAAGUUCUUCCAUGAACUGAUUGAGUUCCGAAUCUCCUUAAGGGUAAUUUUUUUUCAGCAGUCCUUGAUGCGUGCUUUUAGUUCAUCCUCAGUGAAUUUAGACUGCGACUCUCAUUAUGACACUACGUGUGCUAUAUUUAUGCACCUGUUUGUCCUAGCCUGUGGUGUUCGCCCGUCCCCGCCACCAGGGGCCCCACUCAUCAUCGGCGGUGAGAAGUCUGACGCUGGGGAGUGGCCCUGGAUGGCCGAGAUACGAUACCUAGGCAGUCAUCUGUGUGGGGCAGUUGUUAUCAACCGGAACUAUGUCCUCACAGCGGCGCACUGUGUCCAAGAUACAAGAUUGCCGUUCCCCAAAGUGGCCAGUUAUUACACUGUCAUCAUAGGGUCUACACGUCCCACCUCUCACAGCAGCCGCUCAGUCAUCCGGCGGGUGGAGCGGGUAAUCCGCCACGAAGGGUACUUCGUUGACCUCGACAGAAGGCAACUACCUGACGACGAUAUCGCUCUUAUUAAACUUCUACAACCCUUGUACUUCACGGGCCCUGACGUCAGGCCGAUUUGUCUGGCAGACUACGGAAGUUCCCUUCCGAUCAAUACGGUGUGUCUCGUGGCCGGAUGGGGAAUGUCAAUCCCGGGACAACCAGAUUCCCGUACCCUUGACCUUCACCACGCUAGGGUACGUCUAGUGAAUGACAGCGACUGUCGACAGGUAUGGAGCGACGCAUUCAACUCAACUCACAGUAUGAUCUGUGCUGGCUUUGGUACGAACUCUGUAGGCAGCUGUCACGGAGACAGUGGUGGACCUCUCAUGUGCCUGAGCCCCGAUGGACUCUGGCGCGUCGACGGUGUGGUCAGUUUCGGCGCGCAGAUGUGUGCUCCUGACCCUAGCACUGGGCUAGUCCGACCCAGCGCCUUCACCCGAGUGGCGGAAUACAGGGAAUGGAUAGACCGACAGAUACGGGAAAUUAGUUAACGUGACGGGAGCGUCAUGGAUGCAUCCGCGGACAUUAACGGCUUAUACAAGACUUUUCACAGGGAAAGACAAGUUGGGAGUGGUAAUCACCAGAAAGACCACUAAAGCAACAUAUACUAGCAUACCUGAAGCUAUAUGUACCGUUUUUGUUAACGGACAUGACAGUUUAAGUAUAGUUUUUUAAAUUUUGGACAAGGAAAAAGAUUUAACGUGGACUACUCAGCUGUGAUGAGCAACUCGUUCCGAUUCGUUCUGCAGGUCAGCCGUUUUCACACACCAUCUUUUUAUAUUGGCGAUUCUUUUAAAGACAACGUUAAGUGCCAGAAAGUCUUGAAUUUGCUCAUGUUUACUUAAAUAAUUAUGAAAAUCUUGUUUUUGUGAAGAGGUAAUAUUCACUCGUUUUUCUUUUUAUUUAAUGUUCAUUUGAUGGCCACAAAAUACAUCAUCUGAUAUUAUCAACAUGGGUACUACUGGUACUCUUUAUAAGAAAACCACGUGAUUAAAUGCAAAUAUACCAGAUAUUUCAGAUAACGGUCUGUUCAAUGUUGACAAGUAUUUUCUUUAAAGCACACUGACAGCGCAACAAUGUGAGUGUCAAAAACGAUAAAAUAUAGGAUAAUUAACAAUUGAAUGUAAGCUAGGCGUAUACAGAAAAACAGCCGUCAUUCAUAGCAAUGACAGACUUGGUAGGCCUACAUAUUCAAGCUCUUCGAUGUUCUGUGAUUAUUCGUGGACAAAUUGUCUUAGUUUGACUACACACGGUUUUGCCAAAAAACUAAUGAAACCCUAAUAUUUUCAUACCCAAGAAAACGAGAGAAGAACAUUUGAAAUAUUUUUUGCUCUGCGUAUACCUAGGGCCAUCUCUUAGUAUAAGGGAAGUCAAACUCCUUUGUAUGAAUAGGUGUAAAUAUGUGCUUUUUCUUCUAACGAAUGCGAUAUAGGAGGGUGGUAAUUGUAUAUUUAUAUGUUUCAUAUAUUCAUAAAUAUUGUGAUAAUUGUCAGAUGUAACGCAUGUGUUUGUACAAAAAAAAAUUACAUUCAAUUAAAUUUAUUUGACAGGCAUCCCAUCAUAUUAUGUAUAAAUACUAGUAUGUUAACUUCCAUUAUACGAACAUUAUAAAAAUAAUGCAAAUAAUGCAAACAUUAUUUUGUGUCAUUUUUAUGUUUUAUCCUUUAAUCUAAUAGGUAGAUUAAAGGAGCUCUGUGUAUAUGUAUGUAUAUGAUGUCCAAAUGAUCAAAACGAACAGGUUUCACCUGCCUACCGAAAAAAAUAAGUCUGUUGUCUGAGUGAUGCUAGAGCAUAUUGUUAUUAUGUAUGUUCUAUAUAUUUAACAGAAUAAUCAGCUGCGAUAACAAAAUAAAGUCUAACGGUAAUCAGACAUUCUGUUAAUAUAAACAAAUUUCUUAGAGUAUUUGUUACAAACGGAUAUUGACACUUUACGGUGAACUUUUCUUAGAGCCGUGAAAAUUUGACCAUGUUCGUGUCUCCUGGUUUCCUCUUAGAGGGUGCCGCUAAACAAAAUGUGUCUUCAUUUGUUUUACAGUAACGUUAUUUCAAAGUAUUUCUUCACAUUUAUAAUUAAUUUUAACAUAGUGCAUUGUGUAAUCCAUGGGUGAAAACAGUGAUCUGACUUGUGUCGAUUGCUGUUGUGCUUUCAUACGUGGCGAAAUCCCAGGUGUAUAAUGGCCAUUAUAUGUUUUUAGGGGGAGUGUGCACAACGCUUCCCAAACGAACGAUUUUAAGUUUACCUACUUAAAGUUUGUUUAAAGUGAAAGUUACUUAUAUCAUUUAUGCCAAUAUUUUUAUUAUACAUGUCAUGGUGUAAAACGUGCGUGUUUAUACUUCAAAAAGCUAUAGUCUUUUAAUUGUCCCUAUCAAUUUUUUUAUCCACUCAUGAAGACUCUGCUGAUUCCGCGUGCCCGCGUGAGUAUAGGGUGAGUGAGCGCUUAGGGUUUAACGUUGUACUUAACAAUUUUUCAGUCACAUGACGACGAAGGAGUGCUUAGAGCGCAUGUACGUGUAAUGUGCCUCGUUGUUGAAGGACGGAUUUCCACCGCUCUUUUGUCUCGUGCUGCUUCACUUGAGACGACUAACCGAAGGCAAGUCGCCCGCCUGAGCCAUUACUCUGAGAUGCAGGUCAGCCAGUUGUUACAUUAUCCCCUCAUUGCUGAACACCAAGCGAGGAAGCUACAACUCCCUCUUUUAAGGAUCGUCGUCAUGUGACUGAUAAAUUGGUAAGUACGACGUUAAACCCCAAGCACUCACUCACAGGAUGUGCUCUGGGUCUACCGCCUCUGAAGCGGACGCUCUACCAGCUGAGCCAUCGGGGUCGGUGCGUGCGUAUUGAACGUUGGGAUGACGUGCUUAUCUGUUUACCAUUUGAUCCAUGUUACAUUACUUUUCUGUGCGUGCGUGUAGACUAUUGAGAUGUUCGUGCUUAGGUGUUUACAUUGUUUUUUUUUUCACUCUGUGUUACCGGAUUUUAAUGUACGUGGGUAGAACUUUGGAAUACUUGGGUUUAGGUGUUUACCUAUUGUACUACUGAUUCUUAAUCCGCGUGUGUAGAAUUUCGGGAUUUCAUCUGCAGGUGUUUACCUCCUGUGCUUAUGAAACAUGACCGUGACAAUGAAAUGUCUUCGCUUUGGGUACCGUUAACCCAAACCCUUAAAAAUAUAUAAAAGUGCUGUUGUAUGAUGUUUAUGUUUUUCUUUUUUUCAAAUCUUCUGUUGCCACUGCUGUUAAUAUCGGUGAAAACUUUAAUACGUUGUAUGUAUGUAUGUAUGUAUGUA